ACUCAUCCGUACACCAACGGUCACAUUUCACCGACAUCCAUCAACGGUCAUAUAACCCCUCACCUUCUCACCGUCCGAUCUUUAUCAAACGGUCCACAACCAUUCCUUUCCACCCUCUUCCCUUUUACAAAACCAUGCCGUCAUCUUGUUUUUCAUGUUGGUAAUUCAACCCACUCGUAGGACCAGGAAAAAAAAAAGAACAACAACAUAGUUUUCUACUAAUCAUGAUGGAGACAUGAACAUCAACAACAACAACCUCAACAACAACAACAUUAGUUCUUUAGGGAAUUUUUCAUCAGCCACGAAUUCCAAGGUGUAUGUUUCUAUUUCUCUUCCCUUCUUCUCAUUUUUCUUAACUCACAACACACCAUUUUUUUAAUGAACUUUGUUUGAAUUUUCCGGAAUCCGAUGAUCUUUUUUUGUUUGUGCUAGGUUAAUCAUGUUUUGAUUUCUUGUUUAUUUAUAUCACAUUCUUUCAUUCUUUCCUGCAUAUAAUAACUACACAUUCUUUUGUUACUAUUAUCAUUAUUAUUAUACAAAAUAUACAAGUUCUUCUAGCACUCACAAAUUACAGUCACAGAUUCAAUUCAUUAUAGGAUCACUCUUUGAAUUUGUUUGGAUUUUAUACAUUCAUCGGAUUCCUUUUUUUUAUUAAUCAGAAAUUGAAUUUGAAAGGAUUUUUUCACACACACACACAUAGAAUCUCAUACAUCAAACUGCAUUUCUCUUCUCUUUUGAGUUGUAGGAAAAAAAAACAAAAACUAAUUUCUUUCAUACUUGAUCGUUGAGUUAAUACUAAAUUGAGAGAAAAGGGAAGAGAAAAAAAAAGAAGCAGAAGCAAUUGGGGUGAGUGAAAUACAAAGGUUGCAAAAACGGUUAGACGAUGUUGGCUGGUUGUUCUAGCUCGACAUUGUUGUCACCUACUCACAGAUUAAGGAGUGAAGUAUCAUCAGCAGCACAGUUUCAAGCUUGUCAUUUCCAGAUACCAUCAAUGAGCGCACAGAGAUUGGAUUUACCAUGUAGCUUCCCGAGGAAAGACGGUUCUUCGCGUUCGCAGCAGCAGUUGAGGCCCGUGGGAAUUUCGGUGGAGAAGCCUGAAGUCAAGAGCAGCAGCAAUGGUAGUAAUGCGUGUUCUCUGCAGCAGAACAUUCGGCUACCGCCUUUAGCAACGACAGCGCAGACAUUGGGAGAGAUCAAGGAUGAGGAGUUUUGGGAGAAGGGUGGGAGGAGUUUGAAGAGGUUGGCGGAACAUGGAUCUUUGGAUGAGUCUUUUGCAAAUAGAGUUAAGAGGAAAAAGGGUAACGGUGGUGAUGAGAAUUUUGAGGAGUUUGAAAGGGAGAGUUUCAGUUUGGCACAAUUUGGAGCUGGAAACUUUUGGUCUGUUCAUAAUUUUGGAGGCUUUAAUAAUAAUCCUUCACUUCCUUUCUCUCUGAAUUGUUCUGGAGAUGAGGAAAGGGUUUGUUUUGCUCCUGCUGAAGUGGUUUCUGCACCUUUGCCUUUGUCGAACAGUCCUUGGAUCGAAUCUGCUGUAACAAAGAUCACCAAUUUCGGUGAGGGUAGCCACCAACAUCAACAUCAUCAUGUCAACGAAGGUUCAGUCUCUAAUGAUUCAUCAGAAAGCCAGAGUUUGAGCCUGAGGUUGAAUGAGAAUGCAUCAGAACACGGGGAUGGUAGUGGUUCAGGGAAUCCUUAUCAGCAUGAAGGCACUGAAGUGGAGACAGGAGAAGAGGAUGAAGAAGAGGAGCAUCGCGGUUUUGAGCUUCUGAGCUUGCUUACCGGUUGUGUUGAUGCUAUUGGAUCAAGGAAUGUGGCAGCAGUCAAUCAUUUCAUAGCGAAAUUGGGGGAUCUUGCAUCUCCAAGGGGAACUUCCAUAAGCAGAAUUUGUGCUUAUUUUACAGAAGCCUUAGCCAUCAGAGUCACCAGGCUUUGGCCUCAUGUUUUUCACAUCACUGCCACUUCUCGCGAUUUCGACAGGGUGGUAGAUGAUGAUGAAACUGUCACUGCUUUAAGGCUUCUAAACCAGGUUACCCCAAUUCCCAAGUUUCUUCAUUUCACAUCAAAUGAGAUGCUGUUGAGGGCUUUUGAAGGUAAAGAAAGGGUUCACAUUAUAGACUUUGACAUAAAGCAAGGACUUCAAUGGCCUAGCUUGUUCCAAAGUUUAGCUUCAAGGACUAAUCCUCCUAGCCAUGUUCGAAUCACUGGCGUGGGGGAAUCAAAGCAAGAGCUGAAUGAAACUGGAGACAGGCUUGCUGGUUUUGCCGAGGCUUUGAACCUUCCUUUUGAAUUUCAUCCAGUGGUGGACAGACUUGAAGAUGUGAGGCUUUGGAUGCUUCAUGUGAAGGAACAUGAAACUGUGGCUGUGAACUGUGUUUUGCAGCUUCACAAGACCCUUCAUGACGGAAGUGGAGGAGCAUUGAGAGACUUUUUGGGUCUCAUUCGCAGCACCAAUCCUACAAUUAUGGUUAUGGCAGAGCAGGAAGCGGAACACAAUGAGGCGAGGUUGGACUCAAGAGUCUGCAAUUCGUUGAAACAUUACUCGGCGCUGUUUGAUUCGAUUGAUCAUAGCGGCCUUCCACUGGAAAGUCCAAUGAGGAUGAAGAUAGAAGAGAUGUUUGCUAGGGAGAUAAGAAACAUCAUUGCUUGUGAAGGAAGGGACAGGUUGGAGAGGCACCAGAGUUUCGGGAAUUGGAGGAAGAUGAUUGUGGAGCAUGGAGGGUUCAGAUGCAUGGGAGUGACUGAUAGGGAAAUGUUUCAGAGCCAGUUUCUGUUGAAGAUGUAUUCUUGUGAUAAUUACAAUAUUCAGAAGCAGGAGAAGGAAGGAGCAACAGCACUUACUUUGGGUUGGCUUGAUCAGCCUCUCUAUACCGUAUCUUCUUGGGCACCGGUCGAUGUCGCUGGAAGCUCAUCCUCUUUUUCUCAGCCAGCCUGAGUGAUACAUUGUUUCAGAGUCAGAUAUAUACAGCAGAGAUAAACAACAAAAGGGUAGGAGUCACACAGCAAGAGAUUCUUUAUUGGUAGGAAAAUUGUCAUUGUUAUUAUUAUUCUUUCAUUCUUUGUUGCAGAUAAGAUUUACUAGUUCAAAGAGUAGAGUUAGUGCAAUUUGUUUGUAUUAAUACAUCAAUACUAGUUUCUGUUGUUAAUUUUAUAGUCAAGAUUUCUAGAUAUACACAUUUGAAGUCAAUUUCGACUCAUUAGUUCAUUGUUUAUGUAUUCAUUCUAUAUCAAAGUGAAAUGAAAUUC